CCGUAGGCAAGACAGCCCCUAAGGCCUUGUGGUAGUCGUAGUCUCUGGAGCCACUUCCGCGCCGGAGUUCCGCGUGUUCGGCAGUUUGGACCGUCCAGCACCGCGUUCUACUCAGGAGAAGCCGACCCCUCCCGCCUCGCCAGGACCCCGCGAUGCCCGCCCCGCAGUGCGCCUCCUGCCACGAGGCGCGAGCCGCCCUCCGCCGUCCGCGCUCGGGCCAGGCGCUGUGCGCCACCUGCUUCUGCACCGCCUUCGAGGCCGAGGUGCUGCACACGGUGGUCGCGGGCCGCCUGCUGCCGCCCGGCGCCGUGGUGGCCGUGGGCGCCUCGGGCGGCAAGGACUCCACCGUGCUGGCGCACGUGCUGCGCGAGCUGGCCCCGCGCCUGGGCAUCUCGCUGCACCUCGUGGCCGUGGACGAGGGCAUCGGCGGCUACCGGGACGCGGCGCUGGCGGCCGUGCGGCGGCAAGCGGCACGCUGGGAGCUCCCGCUCACCGUCGUGGCCUACGCAGAGCUCUUCGGGGGCUGGACGAUGGACGCCGUGGCCCGCAGCACGGCCGGCUCCGGCCGCAGCCGCUCCUGUUGCACCUUCUGCGGGGUGCUGCGACGCCGGGCGCUGGAGGAAGGGGCGCGCCGCGUGGCAGCCACGCACGUCGUGACGGGACACAACGCCGACGACAUGGCGGAGACGGUGCUCAUGAACUUCCUGCGGGGCGACGCGGGCCGGCUGGCGCGGGGCGGGGGCCUGGGCUCCCCGGGCGAGGGGGGCGCCCUGCCGCGCUGCCGCCCGCUGCAGCUGGCCUCGCAGAAGGAGGUGGUGCUGUACGCGCACUUCCGCCGCCUGGACUACUUCUCCGAGGAGUGCGUGUACGCGCCCGAGGCCUUCCGCGGCCACGCGCGCGAGCUGCUCAAGCUGCUGGAGGCGGCGCGGCCGUCGGCGGUGCUGGACCUCGUGCACUCGGCCGAGCGCCUGGCGCUGGCCCCGGCCGCGCGGCCCCCGCCCCCCGGCGCCUGCUCCCGCUGCGGGGCGCUGGCCAGCCGCGCGCUCUGCCAGGCCUGCGCCCUCCUGGACGGCCUGAACCGCGGCCGGCCCCGCCUGGCCAUCGGCAAGGGCCGCCGGGGGCUGGACGAGGAGGGGCCGCCGGGUGGCCGCGGGAGCCACAGCCGUCCGGACCCCCGACUUCGGAGCCCAUCCCCGGCUUCUAGAGACUCCAGUUCUCCGCUGGGAUCCGACGACGUGGGAGUGCGGGGCCGCCUGUAAAUGACACUGUGAAGGUACCCGAGUUACUUUAGCCCGGGCUUCGGCGUGAGGUUGGGAAGGGGUCGGAACCCCUUACCUGUGGUCCUGCAGAAGCCGGGGCUCUGCGCUCCUGGGGCUGCGGAGGACUCCUGGGUGCCUGGGGGACUCCUGGGCCUCAGAGAGGAGAGAAUUAAACAACUUUGCAUUCCUGAGCGAGUGGGAAUUAGGGGGCCUCUUGCCUGUACCUCUCUGGGGUUCUGGCCGUGCUCAGAUAGUCCUAACCCUUCUUGAGCGCCUGCGGUGCGCCUGAUGUUUCAUGUUUGCCUGCAGUGGGAUAAGCAAAACCAUGUAACUUGAUGGGCACGUCAGUUACAGCAGUCGUGAUGCUUCUGUGUGAGCGCUGUGUACGGGGCAGGCGCUGGAUCAUCUCGUUGCAUCCGCGCCACGAUCUCAUUGGCUGUAGCCCGAGUCCCAUAACUGGCCCGAGGUCACCUCGCUGGAGCCCCAGCUCGGGGCUCACACCCAGGUCUGCCUGGGGCUCCUCAAGACGGUGUAUUUAGUCCUUACCACCACCCCCUCCCCGCCCACCACCACCUGAAUCCCUGUGUGAUGGGUGGGGAGCCGCUGGGUGAGCUCCCCAGACAGAUUUCUGGAGGCAGAGCUGGGUGAACCUGGGUCAGUGAUUUAGCCUCUCUGGUCUUCCAUUUCCUCCUCUGAGAAUGGAAUCAAAGCCUCCCACCGAAGCACUGUUGUGAAUAUUCGAUAAAGCACUCAAUAAAUGGUGUCCAACUUCGUUGUUCACAUUAAAGUUUGGCCCCCCGCGGGGCUCUGGGUUGCAGGGUUGCCUCCCUGCCGGUCCAGACAGGUGUGAGGCUCAGAAACUUCCUGCCUGACCGCCGGGGAGACUUGGUGUCCUCAGUCCCGCCUCCAGGCUGUGCUGGGCUGGUUCCUUGUCAGGAGUGCUUCCGGCUCACAUCCUCCAGGGGCCUCCUGGAAACACCCCUGAGUCUCUCCUCCCACCCUGCCCAGCCCAGGACAUUAGGACUCUCCCGAACCCCAGCCCCUGGGUCCUGUCCUCCAGCCAUCCACACUCUUUGGGGCUCGCUUUCCCUAAUUAGAUUGGGCUGGAGGGCAGGGACCAGAGGCCCCGCCUCCUCUGUGAGUUAAUUGAGCAUCAGGAUAAUUAUUCAUUUGACAGACGUUUAUUGAGCACCUCAUCUGUGGCCCAUGUGCCAAGUGCUAGGAAUACUGCAGUAAGCAAAAGACGGAAGCCCCUGCGCCCGUGAAGUUCACAAUCUGGGAGAAACAGACAAUAAGUCAAUACAAAUAAAAUGUCAGGUAGUGAUUAAUGCGAUAAAUAAAAAUAAAGCAGGAUAAAUAAAGAGAGACGGAGAUAGCAAGAGCCAGUGUCCAUAGGGGUCAGGGCAAGGCCUCUUUGAGGAGGUGGCACUUGAGCCGAGACCCGAAUAAAGCAGAAGAGUGAAUCAUAAAGCCAUCUUGGGGGAGAGCUUUCCAGGCAGAGGGAACUGCCGAUGCAAAAGCCCAGAGGUGGGAAUAAAGUUGGUAAGUCCAGGGGAAAGCAAGGAAGUGUGGUCAGGGCAGAGUGGGCAGGGAGAAGAAGAGCAAGAGUUGAGAUCUGGUGGUAGCCGGGGCUGGUCCUGCAGCAUCUCGAAGAGGCAGGAGCCCAUCUCCGUUUUCUAAAAAUCCCUGCAGCUGCGGUGGAGAGAACGGGCUCUAGGGGGCGCAAGAUGAUCACGGUCAAUUGGAAUGAUUGUAGCGCCCCAGGCGCUGCGGAACACUCCUUCCUUGCGUUUUGAUCCCUAAUUUUACAAAGGGUAAAAUUUUGACUCAGAGGGGGUGAAGUGACUUGCCCAAGGUCACACAGCAGCAAGUCAGUGAAGGAGCUAGGGCUCUUGAACCUUUUUGCUAUGCCGCCCGCUGGAAGCAUAGAGGACCUGGGCCCUUGUUGUAGGUCGGCCACUGAUUCACCCUGUGGUUUCGGGCAAGGGACUUUUCCGUAACCGAGUUUCGCCCGUCACACCUUCACACCUUCACACCAGGAGGUGGGUGGGUGGUUGGAUUUCUGUUGUGGUUUAGAGGAGCACCGUCCAACAGGAAUAUAAUGCGAGCCAUAUGUGUAAUUUCAAAAUUACGAGUAGCCAUAUUUUUUAAGGGGGGGAGGGGAAAAUUUGAUAAUGUAUUUUAUUUGACCCACUAUAUCCAAAAUAUUACUAUUUUAACAUGUAAUCAAUAUUUUAAAACCUUGAGGAUGGGACUUCCUGGUGGCUCAGUGGUUAAGAAUCCACCUGCCAACGCAGGGGACACGGAUUUAUCCCUGGUCUGGGAAGAUCCCACGUGCC